CCGGGCUUGGGGGGCGGCUGCACAGUCUCCGGGCUCCUCAGGCCUUGAGGGGGGUCUGCGCGCGGCCGGCUGGCUCUGCCCGCCCCCCCCCCACGUCCGGUCCGGAGCGGGCCUCCCUCGGGCCAGCCCGAUGUGACCGGGCCCAGCGGAGCCUGAGUAAGGAGCCGGUUCGUCGCGGAGCCGGAGGGCGGGAGGAACAUGACAUCGCGGAGAUGGUUUCACCCAAAUAUCACUGGCGUGGAGGCAGAAAACCUACUGUUGACAAGAGGAGUUGACGGCAGUUUCUUGGCGAGGCCCAGCAAAAGCAACCCUGGCGACUUCACGCUUUCCGUUAGAAGAAAUGGAGCUGUCACCCACAUCAAGAUUCAGAACACUGGUGAUUACUAUGACCUGUACGGAGGAGAGAAAUUUGCCACUUUGGCUGAAUUGGUCCAAUAUUACAUGGAACAUCAUGGGCAAUUGAAAGAGAAGAAUGGAGAUGUCAUUGAGCUCAAAUAUCCUCUCAACUGUGCCGAUCCUACCUCUGAAAGGUGGUUUCAUGGACACCUCUCUGGGAAAGAAGCAGAAAAAUUAUUAACUGAAAAAGGAAAACAUGGUAGCUUUCUUGUGCGCGAGAGCCAGAGCCACCCUGGAGAUUUUGUUCUCUCUGUCCGAACUGGAGAUGACAAAGGGGAGAGCAAUGAUGCCAAGUCUAAAGUGACCCACGUCAUGAUCCGCUGUCAGGAACUGAAAUAUGAUGUUGGUGGAGGAGAACGGUUUGACUCUUUGACAGACCUCGUGGAGCAUUACAAGAAGAAUCCUAUGGUAGAAACAUUGGGCACAGUACUACAACUCAAACAGCCCCUCAACACAACUCGUAUCAAUGCUGCUGAAAUAGAAAGUCGGGUUCGAGAACUAAGCAAAUUAGCUGAGACCACAGAUAAAGUCAAACAAGGCUUUUGGGAAGAAUUUGAGACACUACAACAACAGGAGUGUAAACUUCUCUAUAGCCGGAAAGAGGGUCAGAGGCAAGAAAAUAAAAACAAAAAUAGAUAUAAGAACAUCCUGCCCUUCGAUCACACCAGGGUCGUCCUCCAUGAUGGUGAUCCCAAUGAGCCCGUUUCGGAUUACAUCAAUGCAAACAUUAUCAUGCCUGAAUUUGAAACCAAAUGCAACAACUCAAAGCCCAAAAAGAGUUACAUUGCCACACAAGGCUGCCUGCAGAACACGGUGAAUGACUUCUGGAGGAUGGUCUUCCAAGAGAACUCCCGAGUGAUUGUCAUGACGACAAAAGAAGUGGAGAGAGGAAAGAGUAAAUGUGUCAAAUACUGGCCUGACGAGUAUGCACUAAAAGAAUACGGAGUCAUGCGCGUUAGGAACGUCAAGGAAAGUGCCGCUCACGACUAUACCUUAAGAGAACUUAAACUCUCGAAGGUUGGACAAGGGAAUACGGAGAGAACGGUCUGGCAAUACCACUUUCGGACCUGGCCGGACCACGGCGUGCCCAGUGACCCGGGGGGCGUGCUGGACUUUCUGGAGGAGGUUCACCACAAGCAGGAGAGCAUUGUGGAUGCGGGGCCCGUGGUGGUUCACUGCAGUGCUGGAAUUGGCCGGACAGGGACGUUCAUUGUGAUUGAUAUUCUUAUUGACAUCAUCAGAGAGAAAGGUGUCGACUGUGACAUCGACGUUCCCAAAACCAUUCAGAUGGUGCGGUCACAGAGGUCAGGGAUGGUCCAGACAGAAGCACAGUACCGAUUCAUCUAUAUGGCUGUCCAGCAUUAUAUUGAAACACUACAGCGCAGGAUUGAAGAAGAGCAGAAAAGCAAGAGGAAAGGACACGAAUACACAAAUAUUAAGUAUUCCCUGAUGGACCAGGCAAGUGGAGAUCAGAGUCCCCUGCCACCUUGUACCCCAACACCAUCCUGUGCAGAAAUGAGAGAAGACAAUGCUAGAGUCUAUGAAAACGUGGGCCUGAUGCAGCAGCAGAAAAGCUUCAGAUGAGAAGACCCACCAAGACGUCAAGCACAGAAACAGAUGUGAACUUUCACCCUCUCCCUGAAAAGAUCAAGAACAGAUGCAAGAAAGGUUACAUGAAGAAUGAACUUGAAUUUGGAAAACUUGCACUGUGGUUGGCUACCUUUUGAUAAGCAAAAUUUGAAACCAUUUAAAGACCACUGUAUUUUAACUUGAUGAUACCUGAUUUCUAGUUACUCAUGUCCUCAGAUAAGAAAUCAUCUCUAUGAUGUAGACAGUGUUAUAUUUUAUGGAAUUUUAUUUUAAAUUGAGGAAGCAGUUAAAUUGUGUUGUAUAUUUUACAGAUGAUGGUGACUCAAAUUCUAGUUAUUGGCAUUUUUUUUUUAUAACCUCAACAGAUUGAGUUUCCUCUCCCCUCUUUGUAGGGGAUGCUAGGGCACUUGUAAGAGGAAAAAUGAUUUGGAAAAAUUAAGUAACAACAUCCUAUAGAAGAGUGAACAGUUUUAUUUAUCAUCACUUAUCCAGUAGUGGAUAAUUCAUUUUGAUGGCCUCUUAUUUUGGCUCAAGAAUAAUUAAGCCAGUGCCCCAGACUGUCUACCUUUGCAUUGACAUUAAAAAAUCACGGAGGGGAAAGAUCAUGGGAACUUAGGAUAAAAGGCAUGCUUUCUUCUUAGCAGUUGACCAGUUACCAUUCAGCCUGUUGACUGAAAACGUUGUGGUGGGAAAACAUUUGCCAUCUUUCCUUUUCAUUUGAGUAAUUGUCUUGUGUUUGGGGAAAAAAAUUGCAUCUUCAGAUAACCAGUUUUUGGUUAUCAUUUGUUGCUGACAAACCACCUCAAAACUGAGUGGCUUAAAACAAGAGCUUGCUUUUUCUCACCUUCUUCAAACUGGGCUGGGCUCAGCUGGGUGAUUCCUCUCCUUGUCUUGCUGGUGUCACUCAUGUGGUGGGCAGGAUGGCUUGGCUUCUCUGUCUGCGUGUGGUCCUCAGGUCUCUUAUUCGCCAGCAGGGUAGCUGGACCACAUUCAUGGGAGCUCUGAGGCCCCAAGGGUAUAGAGUAGUAACGGCCACAUGCACUGAAGACUUCAACCCAGAACUGUCGCCGCAUCAUUUCUACUGCCCCGUGUUGGUUAAAGCCAGUCCCAGGCCCAGGCCCAGGGCCAGGCCCAGGCCCCGUUUGGGAAGAGGGGCCUGCAUGAGGGCAUGAACUGGAGGUAAGUUUCCUUGGAGGCCCCCAGCGUAACAGUCAGGACCAGUGCCAUGGAAAAACAGCUAAAAAAAAAAGUAGCAAAAGUAGGAGCCGCUAGUGACCUUGGAAAGCUGAAGCUGGUUAUGAUAACUGGUGUAAGUUGGGAGUCGGGCAGAAACAGGGCCUUCAGCAAGCUUCUUGAACCACUUCUGCUGGCUCUUAGCAUAUUUUCUGAACCAUCACUUUGGGCACCUGACCUCUCAAGGAUGGAUGUGUUUGUGAGGGCAGAGCAUUUGAAAGCAGAACCAGCUCACUGCCCUAGCCCCUACAGAGAGGUGUAUGGAGUGCACUCCCACAUAUCCCACACCCAUGCCUGCCGUUGGCUGAGUGAGGAGGAGCAGUUCUCCUGAGGCCACUAAUCUGACUGAAUUAGCAGUAGCUCAUUUUUGUUUUAACUGAGCAGUAAGAUUUGCUAACGUCCUACCUGAAGUGCCUUCUCCAAAGACAUCCCUCUUUGCCCUGUGUGUUGAAUCAUCAUUCAAUGAGUGUAUUUCAAUUAAAGCGUCAUUGGUGGACAUGGUAAAGAUAAUAAAAUGCCAUGGCAACUUUGCUGUUAAGUCAUGGGCUCCUUCAUCGAAUUCUUCUUGCUUUGUCUCCUGAAAAAGAAGGACUAGAUCCAGCCCUGGUAGUAGUUCCUUCCUGAGGGCUUUACCUCCUUUAAAAUCCUGAGGAGAUUUGUUUGAGGAGAGCCUGGCUGCCAUUUUCAGAAGACAAAAAUGUACAUUGGAAAAAAAGAGUAUGUUGAUUUCCCCCCUACCCCACCUCCCAUCCCGCCUGGCCGUUGAACUUCAGCAUUGAAGCACAGCCUUCAGUGCUUCAGAACACAGGUCUGAUCUGAAGGUAAUUACCUUGUAAGAGGAAUGUAAAUGACUACUGUCUUCUUGUCAAACCUGUAAGGAAAGAGAUUCCAGUUAAGUAUUUGCAACAAGGAUCUUGCGUCCUGUUAUUUUUUAUUACAUUGUCACAUUGAAGGGUUCUCAUUUUUGCGGUAAAUUUUUGACUGUGGACUUUGGGGGCAAGGUCUUUCACCAGCAAACAAGGGUUUGAUUGUACAAUAUAUCUGCUGCAGUAACGUCUCUGCCUGUAGCUUAAGAUCAGUUGGUUUUGCACUUGGAAACCACCUGAUCUUGGCCAGCUUUGUAAAGGGACAUUGAUUUCAUUUAGAUUUCCCUCCAUAAAGUCAGCAAACUAUCAUGUGCUAUAAACUGAUGCCAAGACAAGGUUGUAAUAGUCCCUAGGGUGCUGAGGUGUGCCAUGUGUUUGGUAAAGGUGAUUGUAGGUUCUUGGGUAACGUUACAUGGGAUGGAUUCAGGUGGAGGGACUGUGAAGAUGGGUGGGGGCAGGGGGCGGGGGCUCAAGGUGCAGGUAGAAAAAAAUACAGUGGAAAUGGAAGUUCCAAAGAGGUGGUUUCUGAGGAAGUCAGAGGGCCUGGGGCCAGAGCAGUCAGUAAUAGUUGAAUCAAGUUACUGGGAAGUAGGUGUGAUAGCUACACGUCUACAGUCUGCUUCCAGGUUGCUGGUAGACAUUAAAUUUGCACAAUAUCCCGUAGCUGGCUAAGUAUUUUAAAAUUAUAAGCAUAAGAUUUUAUAUUUGGGGUGAAGAAAUUACCUGGCACGUGGUAUUGGGGUUUUUUAAAAAGAAGCCAAAUUUCAGAGUCUUAAUAACUUUUUUAAAAAGGAAAAAAAAAAGCAAAAAGACACCUUGUAUUCAGUGUGUGGCCCUCCUGAAAAUUCUGGUCAUCUCUCCCUUUGAAAUCAGUGACUCAGUGACUUUUUAAAUGUGGCUAAACAGGGAUGAGAACGUACAUGUAUGAUUUUCUUGGUGUUUGUGCGUCCUUUACAAAGCCCAGUUGCUUUGGAACACCCAAGAAAGUCAUCAAGAUUAUUUUUAGGUGUUAUUAAGGGGUUGUUAAGGGUUUACUGGGGUUUUUAAGAACUAAUAUAAUGUCCUGGGUUCUUUCUAGUGCAGAGGAAUGUGGAAAAAGGUAUGCAGUUGUGAAGUGCUUUGUUGUAGCUUAUUAAUCUGCAAGGGAGACUUAGGUUGUAGACAUAAGUACAAACCCAGUGCAGUUUUUGUUUUCUGUAUGUUGUUGGGGGAAUAAAGUUUUAUAUGGCAAGCACAUGGCCUCCCUGAUUUCAAUAUGCCUUUAUUAGGAUCUGUAUUAGCCCUUGAUUUCUUUAAAAUCUUUUUUCCUCUUCCUCUUGAAAAGUAAGUUCCAAAAUAUAGUUUAUUGUAUCUUCCAUCCCUAAAGUUUAUUCCUUUUUCAUUACGGGCAGUUCACACAAGGCAAAAAUAUUAAACAGUUGGUUUUAGUGUGUUGUAUAACUUUACUGUCUAUCAAACUAAUUUUUACAAGUUUUCAUCCUAAACCUCAAAUCAUGUAAUUAAUAAUUUGCCUGUUUAUUUAUGACCUAAUUGUGAUUCUUUUAUUAAUAAAAGCUAAUGGAAAAGGACCCUUUAUUAAGUUGAUGACUAGACCUACAGGUAAUUUUCCUGCAGUAUAUGAAGUAUUGUGCCAGAGUAUUGAAAGAUAUGUAAUAUUUUAUUGAUAAAUCUAUCCUUCAAAAGGAAGACGUUUUAGGAUGUCAUCAUUUUGAUGUGAAUCAUGUAAAUGUUGAUAAUAUGCACUGUUUAUUAUACAUUUAGUGUUUCAAGAGAUUCAGUUAAUUGCCUUUUUGCCCACGUAUAUUACAUAGUCUAUUUGCAAUUGUUUUUAAAAAAUAACAUUAAGAGAAUAGUUUAUGUAGAGGAACGUUAGUGGCUGUUAAUUGUCUCCCCACCUAUAUUUAUGGGUGUUAGUUUUAACUGCUUUGCUAGUUGCAAAGCUGCAUUAUCAGAGUAAAAGUGUAUUUGUAAACUGUAUGGGAACUAAAAAUUAGGAAUAAAACCAUUUUCUUAUAUUA